UCUCUCUCUCUCUCUCUCUCGCUCGUUGCAGCAAUGAAAGAAUCUCCUUUCUGCCGCCACAAGAAGCCUUCCACAAUAAAGAAAAUCAAGCUUCUUUGCAGCUUCAAUGGUGCCUUACUACCCAGGCCACCUUUUGGGAAGCUUCGCUACGUUGGCGGCGAAACUCGUAUCAUCUCUGUCGACAGGAACAUCGGUUUCUUGCGACUGCGAUCCAAGAUAUUGGAGCUUCGCCCUAUCAGCCCCUCGUUCUCUCUCAAGUUCCAGAUUCCUGAAUCGGACGGUGUCGACGGAGAUGUCCCCCUGGUUUUGAUCACCACGGACGAGGACGUUAGGUUCAUGAUCGAUGAGUACGAUAAGCUCCUGUCUCAUGGAAAGCCUCGCCGUCUUUGGCUCUUUGUCUGCAACGAUAACGGGUAUUUGGAACCCAACUCUGUUUCUUCUUUCCCUGGGUUUUGCUCUGAACUUGGAAAUCUUAAUGUGGGAACCGUGGUUGUUCCCAGACAAGGUAAAACAGAGACGAAACCUAGCAUGAAUGGGGUCGUUGGUUUGGGUGAUCGUUUGUGUGGGUUUCCAGCAGAAACUGAGCCCUCUUCCCCCCAUAUGUCCAGGAUUCAGAAUUCUGGUCACUUCUUUUCGACCAACUCUUUAACACCCAAGAUUCCGGUAAUUCAGAAUGUUGAACUCCGUUCCGAUGAUUCCCUCAGGAAAAUGGUGUUAGAACAACAGGUUAUAGCAACACAGGAAGCUGGGUUUCAAAGUCCUCGUGGGUUUUUCAUGUCGAGAACCUCUGAACGGGAAAUUCCGUUUCCGUCCACCUGCUCUGUCAGAGUCCAAAAUUCGGUCAAUUCACUCGGAGAAAUAACCUUUGAACCACAUGUUCCAUCAAACCACCCAACCACUGUUCACAGUUUCCGCGACUCAUAUGGCAUGAAUGUGUCGGACUACAAUUUCCCGAUGACCUGCAUACUGAAUCAAAGUUUAAGCGGUUUAAAUUCCUCUCCGGAACCUCACUUGCGGUCCUUAAAGCGGAAUGGUAGACAUCUAGGACUGCAGGGGAAUAGUUCUAUUCAAUUUCUGCCGAGUAGAUUUGGUGAUGGCUUGGCUAAUGGUGGUGAAUUCAAUGCUGGCUGUUCUGGUCAAUCGGUUGCAACAGUCAAGUUCUUGAAGCAAUUGCAGAGUCCUAAUGUAGUAUCAAUGACCCCUGGCAUUGAUGUUAAACAGGGUCGACAAAACAUUGAGCGUGUUCCUAUGGGAGUACUGAAUAGGGAAAAUGUUAUGCCAUGGACUGCCUGUUGUGAUUCAGUAGAGACGUGUAGAACUCCAGUUGCAUGCAGCGAUCAGUUCGUAGGAGAGGUCUCUCCGUUGAAGCCUUUUGAUACCUACAACAGGGCAUCGGGAAAUUAUCAGUGCGGAGUCCGAAAUCAUCGAUUUGGUGCAGGCGAUGUCAGAAAUCAACGGAUGAAUUUGCAUUAUAUGCGAAACCAUCGUGUUAAUCUGCUACUGGAGAUGGGGAACCGUCGAGACAUUGGCCUUGAUGGCAAACCUUGUUUCUGGAAGUGCUAUCCUGGGCUUAGUCCGAGUUCAAACAUUUCAAAACAUGGGCAGGCUGUGCGAUCACAUCAUACUCAUCUUUGGAAGCCUUGGUCAGGUACCCUUGAGCAUGCACGGGAAGGUAUGACAUGGAUGAUAGAAUCUUGCAAGGAUGCCCAACCUUCCUUCAAUCGCAAAAGUGGUAGAGGAAUUUUGAGAGAGCGAAUCUUGCAGCAAUCUGAUGGGAGAUAUCCAGUUGAUCAUGUAAGUGGGCAGGGUGGCCUUUUAGCUACAGGAAGUUCAAACCCUCCUAAGGACCAUUUAGUUUUACAUGGUGUAUGCGGUGGCCCAUGUUACCAACCUCUCCAGCCUAAUAAUUCAAUUGAGAACCCAGUUCAAUGCAUCAAGCAUACGACUACUGCAGAGGAUCUUUCAAGUGAUCUAAAUCACACAAAGUAUGAAACUCCAUCUCAGACGGUGUGCAACAACUCCCAUACAAUUCCAGUUGAUAGCUCCCAUCACCCUUUAAGUGGUAAGCAAAAUGGUCACGAUUUGAGUAAGAAACCAUUACUCAUGAAUCCACAAAAAGAUGUUGAAUUGACUAUAUGUUCCAUCGACCGAUGCUGCUUCAAUGGCUCCAAGUCGGGUGAUAAGAGUCGAUGUCCUAUUACUGAUAAAAAAUCAGGACUAGAUAACAAGACAGGUGUUAAAACAUUGACCCAAAAUCCCGAUUGUAUUGAUAUUUCAUCUGGCGUGCAUCUUUCUUUGGAUAAUCUUUCACUGUCGAUAUCCAAAGAAGUGGAACCCCCUACUCUUCCAUCUUCUCCUGCCAGAGAUGAUGUUUUGGAAUUCUCGCCCAGGUGUGAAAUGGAUCUCCAACAAAGUUCUCCAGAUACCAUGGAUGAAGGCCACCUCAGCUCAAACCCAAGCAUUGGGAACUCAAAUGGACAUGGAUCUAAUUGUUCCAUCAAUCCAGCUGCACAGUUGAGAAAAGAUCUUGUUCUCGGAGAGGAUACCCAGGCUGAGUUUAAGGGAUCUCACACCUGCUCUAAGACAGAUGGUGGAAUCUAUAAUGAUCUUGCAGCCUUUUACACCCAUUUAACUACUCACGAAUUGCAGAACAUUAGAAAUUCUGAUCUUGAAGAAAUAAGAGAGCUUGGUUCUGGUACGUAUGGAACAGUUUAUUAUGGAAAAUGGAAGGGAUCUGAUGUUGCCAUCAAGCGGAUAAAGCCAAGUUGCUUUACUGGAGGUGAAGAGGAUCGAUUGAUUGCAGAUUUUUGGAAGGAAGCUCAAAUGCUAAGUCAGCUUCACCAUCCAAAUGUGGUAGCAUUCUAUGGUGUGGUUACUGAUGGACCAGUGAGAAAUUUAGCAACAGUGACAGAGUUCAUGGUGAAUGGCUCCCUCAAGAAUGUUCUAAAAAGAAAAGAUCGAACAAUUGAUCGUCGGAAAAGGCUAAUUAUAGCAAUGGAUGCAGCCUUUGGCAUGCAAUAUCUGCAUGAGAAGAAUGUUGUCCAUUUUGAUUUGAAGUCUCAUAACUUCUUGGUGAAUAUGAAGGAUCCUCACCGACCAGUAUGCAAGAUUGGGGAUCUGGGCUUGUCAAAAAUUAAACAGAGGACACUAGUAUCUGGUGGGGUAAGAGGAACUAUACCAUGGAUGGCUCCUGAGCUUUUGACUGGUAAAGACAAGAUGGUAACUGAAAAGGUUGAUGUGUACUCAUUUGGGAUAGUUAUGUGGGAGCUUUUAACUGGGGACGAACCUUAUGCAGACAUGCGUUCAGAGGAGAUAAUUGCUGGUAUAAUCAAAGGUGAUCUACGACCCGAGGUCCCUAGCUGGUGUGAUCCUACAUGGAGGUCAUUGAUGGAGAGCUGUUGGUCAUCUGAUCCUGAAUUAAGGCCAGGUUUCCCAGAGAUUGCUAAGGAGCUACGUGCAAUGUCAGCAGCUAUCAACAUCAAGUGAUAGCUGAGCUGAACCACUAAGUUGAAAUGGAUAGUGAUCAUUUAGUUGAGCAUAACCAAUCAAAAGGUUGAUCAUGUAAAUAUGAUUAGACCAGCAGGUAUAGAAGCAUCCUGAGGCGUGAACAAAUUUGUCGUCCGGUGUCUCAUGUUUGACCUGAACAUAUUGAGUGGGUUCAGGUAGAGAUUCGAAUGUAUAGGGACUGGUUUUGCAGCUUUGUAGUCAAUGUAGGAGAAAGGAUGAUUGGAAUUCAGAUGUGUAAUCAAGAAUGGGUCAAGGGAAAGAGAGAGCUUGUAUGUUUCCUGGACUUUCCUGGCUACUGAUCCUAAUAUGUUGUAUAGAAUGCUAAUAUUCAUCGAUUAGUGAUUUCAGUAC